AACAUCACCGGAAGUAGAAGAAGAAGAAGAAGAAGAAGAAGACAGUACUGUUACCGGACUGUUUCUCUGCUGUAUGUCCACAAUUAAAGUGAGUGAGACUGGUUCACACUGCCGCGCGGUUCUUGCAGAUCAUGCCCCACGAGCCCGACCCCCCUCCGGCGAAGAGAUUCAAGCCGGGGUCUCCCUUCUUCCGUCUGGAUAAGAGGCCCGGUGGCAUGCUGCUGCCCAGAGCGAGUCAUGCGCCGACCAGCCUGGACGUGCAGAGGAAACAGCUGCCCAUUUAUCAGGCCAGAACUCAACUGAUCAAUCAGCUCAGACAGCUGCACAAUGCUGUGCUCAUCGGUGAGACAGGCUCUGGUAAAACUACGCAGAUACCGCAGUACCUGUAUGAAGCUGGCAUUGGGCGGCAAGGUGUCAUUGCGGUCACUCAACCGCGCCGAGUGGCAGCCAUAUCACUGGCCGGACGAGUGGCAGAAGAGAAGAGAGUUCAACUGGGGAAACUGGUGGGCUACACGGUGCGGUUUGAAGAUGUCACGUCAUCCGAGACCAAGCUGAAGUUUAUGACCGAUGGGAUGUUGUUGAGAGAGGCGAUAGGAGAUCCAUUAUUACUGCGAUACACUGUAGUGAUCCUGGAUGAAGCUCAUGAGCGUACGGUGCACACGGACGUCCUGUUCGGUGUGGUGAAGACGGCCCAGCGCAAACGCACCGAACAGAAUAAAGUAUCACUGAAGGUUCUGGUGAUGUCUGCAACCAUGGAUGUGGACUUGUUCUCUCAGUACUUCAACAAAUCUCCAGUUCUGUAUCUGGAGGGCCGACAGCAUCCCAUUCAGAUCUACUACACCAAACAGCCUCAGUCAGACUACCUCCAGGCAGCUCUGGUGUCUAUAUUUCAGAUUCACCAGGAAGCUCCACAUUCUCACGAUAUCCUUGUGUUUAUGACGGGGCAAGAGGAGAUCGAAGCCUUGGCACGCACCUGUCGAGACAUCGCUAAACACCUGCCUGACACCUGCGGACCAAUGACGGUCAUCCCGCUGUACGCCUCCCUCCCCCCGACUCAACAGCUCCGGGUCUUUCAGCCCACACCAAAGGGAUCCAGGAAAGUCGUCCUCUCAACAAAUAUCGCUGAGACGUCCAUCACCAUCUCUGGGAUCAAAUACGUCAUCGACACGGGGAUGGUGAAAGCAAAACGCUACAAUCCAGACAGCGGUUUGGAGGUAUUGGCAGUCCAGCGUGUGUCGAAAGCACAGGCGUGGCAACGUGCAGGUCGAGCGGGGAGAGAAGAUGCUGGUUUCUGUUACCGUUUGUACACUGAAGAGGAGUUUGACAACCUCGCCAACAUGACCGUCCCUGAGAUACAGAGGUGUAAUUUGGCCAGUGUCGUACUGCAGCUGCUGGCGUUGGGUGUUCCUGAUGUCCUCAACUUUGACUUCAUUUCUAAACCAUCACCUGAGUCUAUUCGGAUGGCCGUGGAGCAGCUUUACAUUCUGGGGGCUGUCGAGAAAAAAGAUGAGCAGGUGUUAUUGACGCCGCUGGGCAAAAAAAUGGCCUGCUUCCCCUUAGAGCCACGCUUCUCUAAAACUAUCCUGAUGUCUCCUGACUUCUCCUGCACUGAGGAGGUUCUGACUAUCAUCUCUCUGCUCUCCGUGGACUCUGUGCUCUACAACCCCCCCGCUCGCAGAGACGACGUCCUCGCUGUCCGCAAGAAAUUCAUUUCCAGCGAGGGUGAUCACAUGACCCUCCUCAACAUCUACAGAGCGUUUAGGAAAGUCAGCGGCAACAAGGACUGGUGUCGAGAAAACUUUGUGAACAGCAGGAACAUGGGACUUGUGUCAGAAGUCCGUGCCCAGCUCAAAGAUAUCUGCAUCAAGAUGAAUAUGAAGUUGGAAUCAUCUCAAUCAGACUUGGCGAACGUCCGUCGUUGUUUGGCUCACGGUUUGUUUAUGAACGCUGCAGAAUUGCAGCUGGACGGCAGUUACGUGGCUUUAGACACGCACCAGACUGUGGCGAUCCACCCGUCCUCCGUUCUGUUCCAGGCCAAACCAGCGUAUGUGGUUUUUAAUGAGCUGCUGCACACGACGCGCUGCUAUAUGAGGGAUCUGUGCCUGGUGGAUUCUGAUUGGCUGCAUGAAGCUGCACCGGAAUAUUUCCGCCGCAAGCUCCGCGCAAGCAGGAGUUAGCCCUCCCAGACACAAGAGGGCGGUAAUGCUGCAGCUGAAUGACAUGUUAUGACAUCACAUUUAUUAUUCCUGAAGAGUGCAUGAUAGAAAAGUAAUUCUAGCCAUAGACACGUUUUUACACAAUAUGCAUUUUGUUCACGAUAACGCCAAAACAUUUGACUGAUCGCAUUUUUUGGAGUUGGACGUUUCAGGAUUGCGCUGUUUUGUGCAAAUAUGCAACACGUUUGGCAGUUUUGCCAAACAGUUUUAUUCGUUUGGGUAAUCGAGUGCUUUGUUAACCAAAACUUUUCUAGAACCGAGUCGUUUCUACUUGCGAUAUUAAAUGCAAAGUUGUCAUGCCUGUUUCUACAGAUGUUUUACAAACUGUUUUAGAGUUUUGAUUGGAUGAUGUUUGUUUCUAGAAUGUUUGGAUGUUUCUUUAAAUCAGGUUGGUCCAGGAGUAAACUUGAUAAAACAUUUCAGUUCAACGAGUUCAUUGAAAAGAUCUGAAGUGUUGCCGCUGGAUCAAGUUUAUUUGUGAACAAAUUAAGACUAAAACAAAUUGUUGUUGUCUUGCAGUGCGAGUCUGGAAAUAAGAAAGAAGAAAUGCGAGCUUAUUUUUAGGGCCGUGAAGAUUUUUUAUUAAUUGUGACAUUAACAUUAGCUGGGAUACCAUAAAUAAUUUUUACUUCACCGUUAAAUAAUGCAGCAUUUUUUUUUCCCACAUUACUCUUUUUCUGCAUAAUUGUCAUAAAAACAGUGUCAUAAUGCAAAAAAUCUCAAUGGUCCUAAAAAAUAAAAAAGCCAAAUAUUAUUUCUAAUUUAUUUCUUUUGAUUUUGGGGUUAAAUAUGAUGGUCAUUUCUUGACUGUUUUUGUGAGAUUCUCCCAUUAAGUGUUUGUAAGGAAGAACUGACUGCACAUGUACAGACACGCCGUUCUAAACAACAUGUAAUGUGUGCCAUGACACUUUUAUAUUGAGUCAUUUAAUAUGACUAUUUAAUGCACAACCACAAGUGCUUAAAUAAUGGAAAUUAUGUUAGCGUUAUGCUUUGUUUUGCUGGUGGAAUGCAGAAAUCACUGAAUAUCUGAAUUCACCCGAAGCCUAAAAUAGUGUUGCAUUACCGUAGUUUCUUAAGAAUAAAAAACCCAUCUUAGACAGUCUUAGACACCCUAGAAAAAUAAAACGUAACAUUUAUUACACUAUAAAUACAGCAUGUGGAAUGUUAAAACUGUGUUCCACUGUCCGAUGUGACGAAUCUGGUUCUUCUCUAAACCCAUGUGUCAAUUUUAAGUCUUUUUAGAUUCGAUUUACACUAUAUUGCCAAAAGUAUUCGCUCACCCAUCCAAAUAAUUAAAUUCAGGUGUUCCAAUCACUUCCAUGGCCACAGGUGUAUAAAAUGAAGCACCUAGGCAUGCAGACUGCUUCUACAAACAUUUGUGAAAGAAUGGGCCGCUCUCAGGAGCUCAGUGAAUUCCAGCGUGGUACUGUGAUAGGAUGCCACCUGUGCAACAAGUCCAGUCGUGAAAUUUCCUCGCUACUAAAUAUUCCACAGUCAACUGUCAGUGAUAUUAUAACAAAGUGGAAGCGAUUGGGAAUGACAGCAACUCAGCCACGAAGUGGUAGGCCACGUAAAAUGACAGAGCGGGGUCAGCGGAUGCUGAGGCACAUAGUGCGCAGAGGUCGCCAACUUUCUGCAGAGUCAAUCGCUACAGACCUCCAAAGUUCAUGUGGCCUUCAGAUUAGCUCAAGAACAGUGCGUAGAGAGCUUCAUGGAAUGGGUUUCCAUGGCCGAGCAGCUGCAUCUAAGCCAUACAUCACCAAGUGCAAUGCAAAGCGUCGGAUGCAGUGGUGUAAAGCACACCGCCACUGGACUCUAGAGCAGUGGAGACGCGUUCUCUGGAGCGAUGAAUCACGCUUCUCCAUCUGGCAAUCUGAUGGACGAGUCUGGGUUUGGCGGUUGCCAGGAGAACGGUACUUGUCUGACUGCAUUGUGCCAACUGUGAAGUUUGGUGGAGGGGGAUUAUGGUGUGGGGUUGUUUUUCAGGAGCUGGGCUUGGCCCCUUAGUUCCAGUGAAAGGAACUCUGAAUGCUUCAGCAUACCAAGAGAUUUUGGACAAUUCCAUGCUCCCAACUUUGUGGGAACAGUUUGGGGAUGGCCCCUUCCUGUUCCAACAUGACUGCGCACCAGUGCACAAAGCAAGGUCCAUAAAGACAUGGAUGAGCGAGUUUGGUGUGGAAGAACUUGACUGGCCUGCACAGAGUCCUGACCUCAACCCGAUAGAGCACCUUUGGGAUGAAUUAGAGCGAAGACUGCGAGCCAGGCCUUCUCGUCCAACAUCAGUGUCUGACCUCACAAAUGCGCUUCUGGAAGAAUGGUCAAAAAUUCCCAUAAACACACUCCUAAACCUUGUGGAAAGCCUUCCCAGAAGAGUUGAAGCUGUUAUAGCUGCAAAGGGUGGGCCGACGUCAUAUUAAACCCUAUGGAUUAAGAAUGGGAUGUCACUUAAGUUCAUAUGUGUCUAAAGGCAGAUGAGCGAAUACUUUUGGCAAUAUAGUGUAUUUGUAACGGGGGGAAAAUAUUAGAUGGCAAAUAUUAUGCAUAGUCAUGUAAUGCAUGCUGCUAUUUUUCUGGGGAACAACAGCAUAUCAAGCACAUAAUUUAACAGUUAUUUUCUUGAUUGCUUCACUUUACAAAUCCACGUAUUCUUAGAUAGACAUAUAAAGUGAUGAAUGUAUGCUGUGCAUGAAAUAACAUAGAUAAAAUAUGAUCGCUCAGGUUUCUAUGGUACGCUGGAUGUACCAGCGCAAAUCUUUAGUAUUAGUAUCAGGAUUUUUUAUGCAUGGGGAAGAAUGACAUUAUUGAUCAAAAUAAAUAUGAAUUCAAAAUGUU